AUGGAGGCUGCUGCUGAGCCGAUGCCUGUGCCACCGCGAGAGUUUGCCGUAAAGAGACAUGAAGGGGGAAGCAAGAGUCACGGCAGCACCAGACGACAGCGUGAGAAAUGCGCAGCAGCGACAGAUCGACCGAAAGAGAAUCGCAGAAAGAGAGAGGAAAUCUUCGUGAGGAAAGCCUCAAAUCGAUGUCGAUGGAGAACACAACUGUGUCAAGACGAGAAGGUCAGAUUUGCCGUGUGCCAGGCAGCCGAAGCCGAGAAUCCUGGCCCGCUUGUGUUUCCUUUCGAUCCCGACCAAUAG